GCUUUGUUUACCCUUGUCCCGGAGGACCUGUUGGAAAGCUUGGUAAAUCCACUGUGUUGCUACUCACCUGUUUCUUUGGGCUCAGCUGUAUAUACGGAACAGCAGACUAAAAAGGCAAUAGCAGGGGUACAGAAGGCAUUACAGUAAGUUUCUUUGGCAGUCUUUCUUCAAACCCAGAUCCCUUCCAUGAGCAACAGAUCUGUUUUGAUGAUUUAGGUGGCUGCUAAGCCCUUCCCGGAAGAUGCUGGUGCUCACCUCUUCCACAAAGCUGCAGAAACUGGAACAAAUGCUGAAGAAGAAUUUCCCCGAAUCCCUCAAGGUAUACGGAGCAGUGCUGAAUAUCAACCGAGGAAACCCCUUCAGGAAAGAAGUGGUGGUGGACACGUGGCCUGAAUUUAAUGCUGUCAUCACUCGCCGGCAGAGACAGGCUGAAAGUGAUGAUCUAGACUCUUUUACCAAUGCUUAUGCUGUUUUCUACAAGGAUUUAAAAGCGUAUUGGGCGUUGCUGGAGAACCCAGAAACUAUAAACUGGGAGCAAGUGUUCCAGAUUCAAGGCCUGCAGGAGGGUUUAUUCGAAGUUUCCAAAGCCGUAGCUGGUCCCAAGCUGGUGGAUGUGAAACAGUCAUCUUUCCAAAUGGUCACCCAUCCAGAUCCGGAUGCACUCCCGGAGGUUAACCUUAAGUUAAACUCUCCACCGAGACUGGCUUCACUUGACGUUUCACACGCCGCCCUCCUGAAUGAGACCUGGUCCCGGGGAGGCAGCGAACAGUGCCGGACGUAUCUUGCCAGCCUCAUUGGCUGCUUCCCUAGCAUCUGCGUCCUGGAUGAAAAUGGAAGUCCUGUGUCCUGGGGUCUGACCGACCAGUUUGCCACAAUGAUUCACGGCUAUACCCUGCCUGAACAUCGCAGGAAAGGGUACAACCGCCUCAUUGCAACAGCACUAGCCAAGAAAUUACACAGCAGGGGGUUUCCAGCUCAGGGAAAUGUUCUGGAAGAUAAUGUACCAUCAAUAACACUGCUGAAAAGCAUGAACGCUCAGUUCCUGCCCUGUCGUUUUGUGAGGCUGAUCCACACACCCUCCCGGUUUUUAACAGCACCGCAUUGGUAGUUUAGCGGAAGUCUGUGUGGUUGUGGUGAUAUGGCCGUACAGCGGGCGGAGGGCCGCCUAUUGCAGCCACCUGUGUGUAGAAAACCCAACUCUUGUUUUUAGCCAGAGAUUUAGAAAACAUUACAGCCCUGUUGCAUUUACUCUUGACAUCCCUGGGUGAAACCUGCCCUUGUUGAUGUC